AAAGGAAAUAGCUGACAGGAUUGUAAGUCAUUUUUAAUUAAUAAUUGUAAUUAUCUUUGUGUAUUUUGUGAAUUCCUUGGACAAAUAUGUGUUCGGUACAGGAUUCUUUGGACGAGCAGGCGUCACAGGGAUCGUUCGUCCCUCAUGGACGUCAGGAUAUCCUGACUGCUGCCAUUGGGCGACCAGAGCACCCUGGCCGUGUUCGUGCUAUUGGAGCCGGUGUCACCAUAAAGCAAUACUUUGGAUCAGCUUCACGAACAUCCCGCAGUUCUUCCUCCAUGCCUCUUGAAGACCUAGAACAGCUGACCCAACAAAUCAGAGACCAACUGGAGGAGUCAAUCACAUAAAAAGUGACUCGAAAGAUGAUGGAAUCCUUCAGCCUGAUGCAGUCCCAGUUUCAGUCUCAGAUGCAAUCACAGGGAAUUGCACUACCUCUAGAGCCAGAGGUUGGUCCCUCAGGUCCUCGUGUUAGCACAAAGGAGAGUUGUGUUGUUCCCUCAGGGAACGAUCCAGGGACGGGUGACUCAGACAAAUGCGGCCUAUAUAUUGAAGAAAAUCCUUCCCGCUUGGUUGCCCUAGGAAGACUUUACGAGGGAUCCACAACAGUUCACAACAUCCCUUUGUUGCAUGGCCAAGUCAAGGUUGGUGUUGAGGAGGUUAAAGAUACAGAGGCUCUCGUUCCUGUACCCACUGACGAGGUUACCUUAGUGGGACAGACACUUAACACUUUCCUUGCUUGGCCAACACAUCUUGUGAAGCGUUUAUCAGAACAAGCAGCUGUGUCUCCAACAAAACCUCCAGAGAGCCCGGAUGAAGAGGUCGAUGAUCCCCUGUACCUGAUGACAUUGACCAUCCCACAACUGUUUUUGAAGCCGCUCCAGGUUAUGUGGGAUGCUACCAUAUUCGGGGUGUUUAAUCAAAACUUCCCGUUGUAAAUAAAGCACGAAGAUCUCUCUGAAAUUGCACAUGGUGGUCAAUGUCUCAGCAUAUCUGUUAUACAGUUGUGG